AUGGCAUCAAACAAAACUUGGCUUCUCGAAUUCUUCGAAUCCAUUUGUCCCGACGAUUCUGCAUCUGACGGAUGGGGCAACUGUCAAUACAAACCUGAUUACGUAUCUGCGCACUUGUACACAACAGAUGUAGAGUAUUUCAAAGGUACCCUGGCUGGAUUUCAGAAGGAUUUCGGAUUACCUUUGGUAUUAUCUGAAUUCGCUUGUUAUAAAUUCGGUGAAGAACCCCACCCAUCUCUCGAAGAGGUCAGUAUUUUCAUGCAGAGUACGAUGGAAUGGCUAGAUCAACAAGAUUGGGUGGUGAAAUAUGCAUGGUUCGGGAACGCUCGUAAUUCUGAAUACCUAUUUGGAGUAUACGAGACAAAUAGGUUGAUGGAUACUUCUGGGGUAUUAACGGACUUGGGAAAACAAUACAUGAAUGGAGGAAGGCCAAUCUCGUAG